CGUGGUGCUCGCGUGCUUUUUGCGUUCUGCUCUCCGUUUGCUGUGCAAGUCGGCUGUUCUGCACCCGUAGCACUCUCCGGGAUCUUGAUCAAAGUAUAGUAUUUAGGGCCCGUGGCCACAGGUUCCGGUCAGCAGCGCCAUGGAACGUGGAGUGCUGUCGUUGCUACGGCCCGUGUGCCACUUCAUGCAGCAAGCCCAUCUUAGCACAAGUGCCGUGCAGUGUUGCCUGCAGAAACUGUCCCGUCUUCGUGUGGUGGACAACAGUGCUUUGGGACGUCAGGCCAUGAUGGACGCUAAGCCGCCCAAGAUCAUCCAUGUAUACAACAAGACCGGCAUUGCAACCAUCGGGGACAAGGUGCUGUUAGCCAUCCUGGGCCAGAAGAAGCAGGGCUACGUGGUGGGUUGCAAGCACCGCAAGCAUGUCCCCCUGCGGCCUCGCUUCGACACCAACAAUGUGGUGCUGCUGGAUGACAACGGCAACCCGAUGGGCACGCGCAUCCUGGUGCCCCUACCGUCCAUGCUGAGGGGUGACAAGGCACGCUUUUCCAAGAUAAUUGCCCUCUGCUCCCGCUUCGUUUGAUCCCACUGGUAGCUGCAUACUGUGUUUUGUGUCUAGUGCUCUCAAUAAAGCUGAUAUUUUAUGUUUUA